GUUACUUUAAUAAACUUGAUCCAUACCUUUUUGGUCAUGUCAAAUAACUUUUCGGAAUCUUCAUUUUUGGAUCCUUAUCUUCGCAUUUAUAAUGAAAGACAAGAAGCAUUCGUGACAUCACCUAACUUUUCUUUUAUUAAUGAUCUGAACAUUGACAAUUAUUUUGACUUCUAUAAUGAAACUCUUGGUGAUCUUUUUAACAAUAGUCAGGUGACUAAAGAGUCAACGCAAUUACUACAAGAACACGAUGUUGUAAUUCAAGAACAACACGAUGUUGUAAUUCAAGAACAACAUGAUGUUGUAAUACAGGAACAACAUGAUAUUGACCAGGAAGUUAUGCAGUAUGAUUACCAAAGUAACGAAGAAUCUGAUUGUAUAGAUGAGAAUGAUGACCCCAUGAUUGAAGCUGGUGCUACUUUCCCGAAUUGGAAUUUUUUUGAAAAUGCGUUAAAAAGAUAUGAGCUAGAGAUUGGAUUUAGAGCAAUAAAAUUUCGGUUAGAACGUGAUAAUAAUGGGACAAUAAUUCGCCGAUAUUUCGUUUGUGAGAAUUCUAAAGAACAUCAACCUAAAAAAAAAUUUGUUAAUUCGGAUCACAGAGAAAGAGAAUCAAAAAAAAUUGGAUGUCAGUGGCAGCUUAAUGUAGGAUAUCAAAAAAUCUCCGGUGAAAUAGUUAUUAAUAAACUUGUUAACAAUCAUAAUCAUUCUCUUGCACCAUAUCGAAAAGAAUUUGCUCCAAGUUUACGCUCAUUUUCACAAGAAGAAUAUAAGCUUGGAACAAAAGCUCAACGUAGAUACAUUGCAAAAAAAUUCCCUAAUCAACCACUAUAUGAUCGUGAUCUAUACAAUGCAAUUCGUCAGUAUAAAAACCAAAUUGGUAACCAAC